UUUUAUUUAACUUCGAAACCAGGCUCUGACAUUUAAACGCAGCUUGUUCUCCGUGUUCCUCAACCUGCUUGUUCCGGUUUUUACCGGUCUGUGAACGAACCGCAGGAGGCUAACGUUAGCCCCUGCUAGCAUGCAUAAAACUGAAAACAGCUGUUGUGAAUGAACCUCCAUCUGCAGAUUAAACAGAAUCAGCUCCGUUUUAGGUUUGAAUCGUGUUGUUAACCUGAGUUUAACAGUCCGGGGCUUUCAAUUGUUUUGAGAUAUGCAAAUCCGCUGAAGAUUUAACUGUCAAAUCGGUUGGUGGACUUUGGGAUAAAGGCAGCUCAGCUGAUUCGGUUAAAUUAAAAUGAUUAGUCAUACACUGGCCUAAAUAUUUUAACUCUGAAGCUUUUUAAUGUGUUGGUAAAAAUGUAAGCUUUGACCACUUGAUAGCGCUUUUAAGCACAGAUUGAGGGGUUGAAAAACCCCAAACAAUGUUUGCUUCAGGGAAUAAAUGCAAAAAUGCACACCACAAAGAUUAACACUUCUUUUUAAUUGUUCACUAUUUUGUCAACUUAUCGUAUAAAAUCCAAACAACAAUUGUUGCAAUGUGAUCUGGACAUUUAUCUUUAACAUGCUUUAUUGCUUUGAGCUGGUUUGGUGAAGCAUCAUUUCCCGUUUUUGAGGUUGGUUGGUUGCUGCGCUGAUGUAUUUCUGUUUAUACUGGGUUUAGCCACGUCUGCUGCAGAAUUUCUCUUUCUUUCUUUGGCUUUGUAUAAAAUUUACUUAACGAUCUGUUCAAUCUAAAUGGCAACUUUGUAACAAGUAAGACAUAUAAAUCUAUUUCCCUGAUAAAGUUUUAACACACCACACUUGUAACAAACUUUGCACUAAGGAUAUUUUUUGCAAAUAAAUAAUGAAAGUCCGUUUCUCGGCCAAACUUCUCUCUAUUGAAGGGUUUCUGAAGGCUAGCUGCAGCUAAAGGUGUCUUUAUUUAAAGCAACUUGAUGUUUUCUAUGAUUACACAUAGAUUAAUUCCCUUUUUACACGUUUUUCUUUCUGAAAUACGAAAACAGUCAUGGCUUGGCUCUUUUGAGUCAUAUGGUCACUGCAAGAGUUAGCAUGUCCGUUAGCAUAAUAACGUGCUGCAAGGCUCACUGCAGGGACGGAGAUAAAAGUGGUAACAUUUAAAUAAAGAAACAUGCCCAUUUGGAAACUACUGCUAAAUUUAAGCAAUAUUUUAGUUGACAUCCUGCACCACUGAGGAGGAUAUCUGUUUCUUUAAGCCUUUUUUUUCAGUUCUGCUGCUGUUUGGCCAACAACAACCUCAAGUUUCGUCUCACUUAAAGACUGCAUUGGGUUCUUUGUCCAUUAACAAUCCAUCAUAAAAACAUGAAUUUCAAACAAAAUGAAAAUGAUCCUCUUUGCUUUUUAAAGUGUUGUUACUGUUUGCAAUAUUUGGCUGCACUCAAAUUGACCUAAAAUGGAGGUUUAUUAUUUAGAAGUAGUCAAAGUAAUUAUAGUUUACUGACGUUUCACUACUUCUUCCAUUUUUGCGUAUUUUCCUGAAACCACUUGGUGUUGCAGCAGGAAGCUCCUGGCACAUUAACCCCCCUGAGGUUUUUGUAUGUGGAGUUUGCAUGUUUUUCUUCCAGCUUUCACCCAGAGUCCAGCAGACACGUAAGGUUACCUGGAUACUCUAAAUUGCUCUUAGAUGUGUGUCCGACUGUACCUUCGGUUCUGCAUUGUCCUGAUGGCCUGGCAUGUUGGUACCCCGCCUCUCAUCCAUUGACUACAGAAGUUGGCACCAACCCACCGCAGCUCUGCCAUGGACUAGAUGAAGCACAAAACCUUGUUAUUUCUGUUUAACAUUAUCCUGCUGCAGAUUUUCCCAUUCCUGGUUAUGAGAUUUGCUUAUGUUGUCUUAAACCUUUCUGUGUUUGUCAUUGCUUGAAUGGUUUGCAGCGGUGAUUUUGUUUUUAAUGUGAAGAAGCUGAAGUUUUCCCCAGGAAGGUGCUGUUUCUCGCUUCAGAGCAUCGGUGACCCUUUUCCAGUAAAAUGGCCGUCUCUUGAAUGUGUAAGGUACUAGUAAUGGUCGUGAAUAUCUCUUAAAGCAGAUUGUUCAUCGCCUUUCUCCAGACUCAAGUUGAACAUCGUACGGUGACACGCAGGGGUCCGAAACUUUCAGCAUCUCUGUUGCAUCACAGAAGAAGCUGAAUAAAAGACCUGAAUUUCUUAAUGUUGGGAAGAAUGUGAAGCUGCUGAGACCUCAACGUUCCCCAGGCGAUUGCUGAUACCUGUGGAAGAGCCUGCUCUGCUCCACGACCUGCUUUGUCUUCAGCUUCUGUUUUUGGACUGUUGUAAUCUCUUCUGCAGAAGUUCGGCUUCCACCAUUUCAUCCUUGGCGUUGAGUCAUAUGGCAGCAGUGACACAGAUUACCAAUGCGCUGUUGGUGUCUGUCACAACUGGUACCGUAAUUAAGAACCUGACGUCCGUACUGUCCUUCCAUGUGGUGAGGGUGUUCAGCACCUUCACUUCUGGAGAAUUGGUAAAGCCAUGUCAUUUCCACCGUACAAUCCCUAUUCAUCCAGGAAUCAAAAUCCCACCCAGCGUCCGACCGAUCGUCCGGUCUUUAGUGAACGAUCGGACAUGGACCACUGGAUGGCACGGCACCGUAUGGAACCUGAUUCGGACUUUAUCUCUUCUCCAUCAUUUUCUCGAGCUGGUAACAUUUCAGAAAAAACUAUCCCUCAAAUGUCAGAGCUGCCGAUGAUGUACAGGCCUGAACAGAGGAUGGCCAGGUCAGAAAGGGACCUGGAAAGAUCACUUGUUGGCAGAACCAGAGAAGAAUUGGUGCCGCCGCGUGUAAGCCAUGGUUCUCGCUUUUUCUCAACUCAAAGAGACGAGUUUCCUUCCACCAGUGUAUCGUCGUAUGGUGAUGCAGGCAGAGAUAGGGAGCCCCAGGAUGAAGAUGACAACAGCUCCUUGAGCUGGUUGCAGAUCUUGAAAAAGCCCACAGAGGAUACUCCUGUGAAAUUUCAUUCCCCAGCUUCAUCCGACUAUCCCAGCAGCAGUGAUGUUAGGUUUUUUGCAUCCAGCGAGAGACGGCAGAGUAACCAAUCUGUGUCCGGUUCCAGACGUUAUGAAGACCCGACUCCAAGCGAACCAGUGCGUCCUGACGAGCCUUCUCAGUCGCAGUAUACUCCAGAGCUUGCCGCCGUCCUUCUUGAGCAAUUUGGACUUGAAAAAGAGGACUUGGAAUAUCUCCUGAUGUUCCCUGAAGAUCAGAUAAACUCUGAUAAUCUAGCUCUGAUCUUGAAGCAGAUUCGCCUCAUGAAGGAAAAGAGAGCUUCGACAUCGCCCGACUCUGACCCUGAACCCUCCACAAGCUUCUGUGAACUGGAGACGCAUAGCAGCCCUGAAGUGCCAGAGAUGUACGAGGACGAUAUCUCUAGGAUUUUUAAACCUGCCAAAGUGAUUGACUAUGGACAUACUGGGAGCUACACUGUGGUUGAUGAAAUUAAAAACACCAGUAAAGUCACCAGUGGUGGGACUAAAAGCGUGCCUGAUGCUUAUAGCAGCACCAGUUACAAAAAACCGUUUAAACAAAGUAUGUCAGAGGUUCCUUUACCUGGCCGGACAGUUUCUCCUACCAGCUUCGCCUCAGUGAGGAGUUCUGUGACUCCCCAAAGCAGCAACCUACCCAAGUUGCCACAAACUCAAUCAAACCAGGCUUCUCAAAAGGUCCACAUCCCUUUCAUUUCCCCAGAAGACGACAAAGAUUCACCUAAAAAGCCAGUGGCCCACCAAACCCAGGCUCCAGAGAAAUUCACCCCCACCUUUGUUCCUCCAAAGGCAGAAGCAGAUCCACCCAAGCCGCUUCAGAGCCAACCAGCCCAGGCACCUGGGAUGUCAUUCACUCCCCUUGUUUUGCUAAAGAAAAAUGCAGAAACAAGGAAAAGACCUAAGUUUUCCAGUGCCAAUCUCCUGAAAGACUGUUCUCCGCAAGGGGAGGCGCAAGAUUCAAAGUCUAGUACUUCUUUAAGUGAAGGCGGCAAAGUUGGUUGUAAGCAAGAUGAUCGUACUGAUAAUUCUCGCAAAACUCAAGAGCAACAGCCAGAGGUCUUCAAAGAGCAGAGGAAGGAGAAGCUGGCAAACGUUCAGCAAAGCAAAGCUGCAACGGACACAACGAAGCCACAGACGAAGGAGCAAACUAAACCGCCUGAGGAGUCGCGUCCGUUUGUCUCCAGGUCUCUCACCACUCCUCCAAACACAGAAGCAAAGAAGCAUUACAGUUCGUCAACGUCCGUGUACAGCAGCUCCACUCCGAAGGUGGCGAUCUUCAGGGGUCUGCCGUCGAGGUCGAUGAUCAGCGACUAUGCGUGUGCCGCACCGCCAGCCUUUCCACAUCGGUGCACUCUGUGUGACAGAAAAUUUGAGACCAUGAAGCAUUGGCUUUUCCACCACGAUUCCACCGUUCACCAUGAGAACCGCAAGCUCCUUCGGAAACGAUAUCCAGACUGGGAUGGUGGGAUACAAGACAGGAGAGUUUCAGAUAAAAGACCCACAACCCAGCAGAGGAGUCGUUCUCGUUCCCACAGUUCCCACCGCCGCUCGCGUUCUGGCUCACGCAGCCCACAGCGCAGCCGCAAGAAGGGAAGAAAGGACAGCAGCAGCUCCCGUUCCCGCUCACGAAGCCCUCAACGUUGCCAUGACUACAAGAGUAAGAAGAAACACUGGAGUGACAGGUCCCGGUCUCGUUCCUCAAGUCCUCGGUACAAGUCCCGCUCAACCCACCACUACCAUUCACGAUCGAGGAGCCGCGAGAGAGAGCAGAGAAAGAGAAGAGAGAGGCGAUCGUCGUCGGAGAGGUCGACACCUGAACGGAGGAGGUCGACCAGCGCAGAGAGACUGGCGAAGAGACUGCUGGAAGCUUCAGGCGUCCAGUCGCUGUCAAAGCAAUCGGACUUGGAGGCGGUGGUGAAAUCUAUGACCCCGGCCUUGUUGGCUGAACUCAAAAAGCGGAAGACGACAUCGUCGUCGUUUUCUGUUAGAAGGCCUGGACCCAGGGAAACUGAGGACGAUCCGAACACGGUGAAGCUCAGAGGGAUCUUCAGCAAUCACUCGUACAACGACGUGUGGAACGCCAUGGAGUCGUUUGGGAAGGUCGAGUCAAUUGUGCUGUACAGAUCCAGACACGAGGCUACCGUCAUUUUCCAGGAGGAAGAGGAUGCAGAGGUUCUUCGCAGCAUGGAGAGCUUCGACUUUAAAGGAGGCAUCAUCACCGUCGUCACUGACGACUGUGUUUUCAUACCUCCUGGCUCCACUUCUGCAAAACAACAGAAGAAAUGUUGGCCUGCAGACGAAGCGGCUAAAGCAGAAACGUCUUCAGCCGCAAAGAGACGUAAAACGGAGGGAGACGGAUCAGGAGGUAAAACCAGAAAACCUGCAGCGGCUCCUGAAGAGGCCGAUGCCCUAAAACCUGGAUCCGAUCAGGACGACGUUCCUGCACAAGCAGAACGUCAGGAGGCAGAAGAAGACUCUGGGGUGAAGCUGGAGUCGGAACCGGCUGAGGUGGAUCCAGGUGACGAUUAUCAGCUGGACCCGGAAACGUCCCUGACGGUGGGAGAUCGGCUGAAGUCGCUGCUGCCGACAGAAACUUUCAAGUGUUUUACAGACGAAGAACUAAAAUCGAUGACGGAAUUUCCUGAGGCGUUUCUGAUCAGCAACCUGCCAGAUGUCGAAGCCUGCAGCUACACGGAGGAGGAGCUGACCGAGCAGCUCGCUCCGUUUGGGUUCAAACACAAAGUCGACACCAUUUACUGCCUUCCCCAGUCCGGCCUGGCUUUGGGCAUCAUGCCGAGCGGCGAAGAUCUUCGUAACCUCGUGACGGAGACGCCGUGGGGCGGCGUUGCCUUUAGGGGGCAGCAGAUCUGCAUCAGGCCUGUUCGGAGCAGCUUCCCAACGACGCCUUUCCACUUUUAUUCGGCUCUGAUGAAACGUCUUCACUGUAACGUCACAGACGAUGGGUCCAGAACCGUCUUCUUCCACCACGUCUCUCACGGCGAAACCCAGGAGCUCAGAGAGUUUCUCAUCAACGAGUUCGUGGUGAAGAACUUCCUGCCGCUUCUCAACAAGGUGUUUGUGGAGUUUGGGUCGGUCAGCGACGCCGACCUGCUGGGCCUCUGGUACAGCAGACAGGAAGUCGGUCGCUCCCACCAGCUGCUCAGGAUGAAGGCGCCGGACGCCUUCGGCGAUUCACGAGUGAAAUAUAACCUCCCACCAAACACCAAGCCGCCAUUUUGGAUCACCAUGAAAACCGACCCGUUUAUUUACCCAACGUCGUCUCCGUGCUACGACGUCCCGAAUUAUAUCAAACUGAAAAAAGUUUCCUGCUUUACGGAAGUGGAGGGUUGGAGCGCGGCGUCCUGCGCCGUCAUGCUGACCAACCUGCCCAGCGGCGGCUACACGCAGGAGGACGUGGCCCGCCUGGCCUGGCCGUACUUCCCAGAGAAGACGCUCAGGACGCUCUGCUCCAACGUGGUCGUCCUGCCUCUGCAGAGGAGGGCCUUUGUUUAUUUCAGCGACUGGUCGACAUGCGACCGUUUUAUCAAAGAUCAUGUGAAUAAAGUCUUGAGCAUCAACGACUGCAAACUCGGAGCGUUUCUCGCCCUGAACAUGGAGCAUCACGGCGCCAGCGAGGAGAUGUUGUACAAAAACGUGAUGAAAUGGAGUAACAGGCCGGUUCCCGACUCGGACCCUCUGGAGGAGCGGCUGCUGUCUGUGGAAACCUUCGACGCAUCUCCAGAUGUCGUCUCUGUGGUCAUGAAGGUGGUGGCGUCCAUCACGCCCUUCGUCAACUUCCUGCAUCUCGCCAACAGGAUCUACGUUGAGAUGUCCGACUCUGCUGCCGUCGCUCGAGUGGUGGAGAAAGUUUUCUUCCUGGACGACUUGACUGAAGAUGAAAACUGGACGAAAGUUGGACGCAUCGAACCGUUGGUGACUCUCCAACAGCGACUGCAGCUGACUGGAAACCUUCCCAUUGACCUCGAGACACAUUUGCAUUCUGUUAAGGCUCAACGACAAGUGAGGCCGAAACCCAAACCUCCAAAAGAAGAAGGAGCUGCUGGUUCCAAGUCCAAGAAGACGGAACCGAGUGAAGAAACUCCAAAGGAUGGCGAGAAACCAGAAACUGCCGCUCAAGAGAUUCCUCCAGAGGAAGAUAAACCCACGGAGGGUGCAGUGGCAAAAACAGACCAGCAGGUGUCAGUGAAAACCGAUGAGUCAAAAAUUGUAACUUCAGAGGUUCUGGUAGAAGAAGCAUCAAGUAGAGAUCAGUGUGAAGGUUCUGGCCCAAUUCACGACGAGAAAGACUCUUCCAACGUGUUUCCUGAAGCAGAACUCUCAGAGGAAGUGAAUUUAACUGAUGAUCAACCCGUAACUGAAUCUGAAGGUCCAAAACUAGACGAUGAACUGAAAGAAAAAACAGACAAUAUUUCAACUCCGCCAGAGGAAAAGCCCAGAAGGAGCACAAGGAGCAAAGCAUCUAAAGCUGAGGAGGAAAACCCUCAGAAGACAACGGCUAGGAGAUGCACGACGAGAGCAAAGAGCAGCAAAACAGGACAAGAAGAUGCACAAGAGACAGAGGAAGCUACUAAUGUGACACCGGACGCUGCUGAGGAAGAUCAACCAGCGGUUCAACAGAAACCGAAGAGAGGAAGACCAAAGAAAAACGUGAGAGCAACUAAAAAACAAAUGGCCGUCUUGAAGGACGGGAGUCUCGACCAAACUGUCAAAGAAGAAGAACUUGACGAAGCAAACGCAACGGCUUUGAAAGAAGACGUGGAGAUGAGCGAAGAAGAAAGAAGUGAAGCAAAAGAUGAAAUCAGCAAAAAGGAAACUGAUGACAUGACACCGUCUGGAGAACUGCUGGUCUCAGAGGAACAGAGUCCGACUCAGUUAGCUGGUGAAGAUGCUGAAGGGUCCAAACAGGAAGUACUGGAGGAACCGAGUCCAACUGAGGCUGUUCAAAAUGUAAAAGCAGAGGAAGAUCAACCAGUGGUACAAAGGAAAGCAAGGAGAGGAAGAUCGAAGAAAAACACGAGAGCAGCUAAAAAACUAAUGGCCGACUUGAAGAAGCAGAAUCUCAAUGAAGAAGAAGAACUUGACGACGGGACAACCUCAGCCAGAAAUGAGGAAGCUGCAGCUUCUAUAUAUGAAAUUCAAGAGAUGAUGAUGAUGAGCGAAGAAGAAAGAAGUGAAGCAAAAGUUGAAAUCAUUAAAAAGGAAAGAAACGACACGAUACCGUCUGGAGAACCGGUGGUCUCAGAGGAACAGAGUCCGACUCAGUUAGCUGGAGGCAUUAGCGAUGCUGAAGUAACGGCAUCUGGCGUAAAAGGGUCCAGACAGGAAGAACUGGAGGAACCGAGUCCAACUGAGGCUGCUAAUAAUGUGAAAGAUGCUGAAGAGGCUGAGGAAGAUCAACCAGCGGUGCAACGGAAAGCAAGGAGAGGAAGACCAAAGAAAAACACCAGAGCAACGAAAAAACAAAUGGCCGCCUUGAAGAAGCAGAGUCUCUCCAGUCCAGUAGCUGAUGAAGAAGGUCCUGCAGAAGAACCUACUGAUGAUACAAACUCAACCGCUAGUAAGGAAGAUGGAGAGAAAACGGUGGAGAUGGCAAGAAAUGAGGAACAAAAGGAUCAUCAGCUUCUAGUUGUAGCUUCUGUUGAUGAUCAAGUUCAGGAGAUGAUGAGCGAAGAACAAAGAAGUGAAGCAAAGGAUGAAGUUAAAGCUGAAAGAGAAGAUGCAAUAACAACUGGUUCCACAGAGGAGCAGAGUCUGUUAGCUGGUGUUAGCAAUGCUGAAGUAGCGUUAGCUGGAUCUAAUGGGUCCAAACAGGAAGUCUUGGAAGAACAGAGUCUGACUCGGGCUGCUAAUGACGUGACGGAUGCUAACAUAGCUUUAGUUUCUACAGAAGAUUUCAAACAGGAAAUCCUCGAGCAACCAAGUCUGACUUUAGCUGGUGUUGGUGAUGCUAAAGUAGCAUCAUCUGGUGGAGAGGAGAUCAAACAGGAAGUUGUGGAGCAGCAGAAUCUGAGUCUAUUAGCUGGUGAUGUUAGCGAUGCUAAAGUAGAAAAAUCCAGUGCAGGAGGGUCCAAACAGGAAGUCUUGGAGGAAAGGAGUCUGAUUGAGGUUGCUAAUGAUGUGAAAGAUGCUAAAGUAGCGUUAUCUGGUGCAGAAGGGUCCAAACAGGAAGUCGUAGAGGAACGGAAUCUCACUCAGUUAGCUGGUGGUGUUGGCGUUGCUGCACUUGACUUUCCUGAUGCAGAAGAAACAAAACAAGAAGUUUUGAAGGAACAGAGUCUGUCUCAAUUGCCUGAUGAAGUAACAGAAGUUUGUGUGGAUUCAUCUGUUGCUGAAAGGUCAGAAGGACAAAUCUUAAGAGGAGAAAGUCUGACUCAGUUAGCCGAAGAUGUAAACGUCACUAAUGAAGAUUUACCUGAUGAGGAAAGAUCCAAAAUAAAGAUUUUAGAGGAGUUUUUGUCUCAAUUUGCUGAUGAUGAUGUUGAGAAUUUACCUGCUGCAGAAGAAAAGAGUCUGACUGAGGCAGCUGAUCAUAUGAAAGAUGCUAAAGUAGCAUUAGCUAGUAUGGAAGAGUCCAAACAGGAAGUUUUGGAGGAGAAGAAUUUGACUUUGUUAGCUGAUGCUAAAGUAGCAUUAGCUGGUGCAGAAGAGUCCAAACAGGAAGUCGUAGAAGAACAGAGUUUGACUUUAGCUGGUGUAAGUGAUGCUAAAGUAGCAUUAGCUGGUGCAGAAGAGUCCAAACAGGAAGUCUUAGCUGGUGAUUUAACAAAUGCUGAUCCUGAAGGAACAAAACGGGACGUUUCAGAGGAACAGAGUCUGGAUCAGCUCACCUGUAAUUCAGAGGAUUUACCUCCAGAAGAAUCUGUAGCAGGACCAAAAGAAAUGACACCAGAACCUGAGACUAAAACCAAUCCUGACCCACGGGAGGACAAGAUGGAGGACAAAGAUGGCUCCCUCAUGUCUGAGGUCUUGUUGGAUGGAAAUGAAGCUGAGACUAAACCAGAUGAAACCCCAAAAUCUGCCAAGCGGAAACAUGAAGGCAGCAGCACAGAUGAGACUGUGAACAUUGUAACAGCAGAAGAAGAAAUAAAGGAAGUAAAAGCUCCCAGAACCAGAGGCCGACCCAGAAAGAAAGCAAAGACGACUCCUGUGAGAAAAUCCACCAGAGGUCAAAAGGUCAGCGCUGAACCAGAAUUAGAAGAAGAGAAGGAGUCGCUUUCUGCUGCUUCAGGCGACGUUCAGCCUGAGAUCCAAAAGGAUCCGGAGGAAACGGACGGCGGUUCUGGUUCUGGUGACCAGAAGCCACACAUUGAAUGUUUGGAGGAGGAGAAGAAAGAAUCCAGCUCGGCUCAAACAAAAGUUGUUGGCAGACAGCGGAGCGAGCCGGUCGGACCUGGAGCCAAGAGAUCUCGAUCUCAGUCUCCACCUGUGGCUGCCAACGUCAGUCUGCCGCCAUUCGACCCGGAGCGCCCCCUAGGUCAGGAGUUUACGGUCCAGAAACUGGCGUAUUUCUGUAACCUUUGCUCAGUUUUCUACCUCAGUGAAGACGCUGAUAAAGACCUGCACUGCUGCAGCAGAACCCACUACGACAACCUGCAGAGACAUUACCAGGAGCUCCAGCAGAAACCUUCAGGAAACUCCCAGGGUUGGAUUUCUGACUGAAAAUAAACGAUGGAGAAAAAAGUUUCAGUGAUGUGCAGAACAGAUCUGUUUGGUUUAAUAAAGGAAAUAUUUUAAUUGC